CCGCUGGCGCUGCCCGUCAGUGUGGGGGAGGGAGGAGGCGGGACCUGGUGGCCGGUCACGUGAGGCGGGGCCGCUGUGUCGUGGCGGGUCGACGGGAGGAGCCGUACUGCCAUCGCCGGGAGAUCAGGGUUUAGGAGGCGGGGAAGUGAGCGGCCAUUGAGGGCGGCCAGGGUGCCGGUGAGCACCCCCCCCCCACCUGCUCGUUGUGCGGGCUGAGCUUCGAUGGAGGACCACAUGACGGGGCACAACAAGGAAAAGCUUUAUGAGUGCGAUGUGUGUGGCAAGGCCUGGCAGCACCCGAGCCGGCUGGAGGCCCACCGGCGGGUGCACACGGGAGAACGCCCCUUCGACUGCUCAGAGUGCGGCAAGAACUUCGCCUGCUACGGGACCCUGAGGCGGCACAAACGCGUCCACUCUGGCGAAAGGCCAUUCGGCUGCUCCAUCUGCGGCAAGAGCUUCAAGACAGCGCAGGUCCUGAAGGCCCAUCGGCAGGUGCACACAGGCGAGAAGCCCUAUGGUUGCUCCACUUGCGGCAUGAGGUUUGCCCGGUUGUCAGGGCUAUGGCAGCACCGGCGGGUGCACAGCAGUGAGCGGCCCUUCACCUGCUCUAACUGCGGCAAAGGCUUCACAUCGUUGCCAGAACUGAAGGUGCACAGGCGUGUGCACACCGGGGAGCGGCCCUACACCUGCAGCGACUGCGGCAAGAGCUUCACCCGUUCCAACAGCCUGCUGGAGCACCGGCACACCCACACCGGCGAGCGCCCCUUCACCUGCGCCCAGUGCGGCAAGGGCUUCACCCGCUCCAACAACCUGCUGUCCCACCAGCGGGUGCACGACUGUGAGCGCCCCAUCCCCAACCCAGUGUGUGGAGAGCUCUUUGCCAUGGACUCCCACGCCCUGUCUCACCAGCGCGUGCACACCAGUGGCCAGCCCUACGACUGCCCGUACUGCAGUGAGGUGUUUGACAGCUCGCGGGGUUUGCGGCAGCACUGGCGGACCCAUGCCAGCGAGCGCCUGAUCCCACUGCGACAAGCGUUUCAAGAACGCACAGUGACUGCAGGAGCACCAGUGGAUACACAUCAGAGAGAGACCCUUUGUGUGCGCUGAGUGUGGCAAGGGUUCCGCCCGCAAAUCCAGCCCUUGGCAGCACUGCCAUACAAGUCAAGUCAAGAGAGUUUAUUGUCACGCGUCCCAGAUAGGACAAUGAAAUUCUUGCUUGCUGCAGCAUAACAAUAUUUUAGGCAUAAAUACAGAUCAGAGUGACCAUAUACCAUAGAAUAUAUAAAGACACACAUAAAUAAACAGAUAAAGUGCAAUAGACUGUUAUAGUUCAUAGUUUGUUUGAAGUUGUGUUUAAUAUGGCUGUGGGGAAGAAGCUGUUCCUGAACCUGGAUGUUGCAGAUUUCAGGCUCCUGUACCUACCUGAAGGUAGCGGAGAGAUGAGCGUGUGGCCGGGAUGGUGUGGGUCCUUGAUGAUGCUGCCAGCCUUUUUGAGGCAGCGCCUGCGAUAGAUCCCCACGAUGGUAGGGAGGUCAGAGCCGAUGAUGGACUGGGCAGUGGCCACAACUUUUUGCAGCCUUUUCCGAUCCUGGACAAUCAGGUUGCCGAACCAAGCCACGAUGCAACCGGUCAGCAUGUUCUCCACUGUGCACCUGUAGAAGUUCUAGAGAGUCCUCCUUGACAUACCGACUCACCAUAAUCUUCUCAGGAAGUAGAAGCGCUGAUGUGCUUUCUUUAUGAUUGUAUCAGUGUUCUGGGACUAGGAGAGAUCUUCGGAAAUAUGUACCCGCAGGAAUUUGAAGUUCUUGACCCUAUCCACCAUCGACUUUGUUGAUAUUAAUGGGAUUGUGGUUCCCCAUCCUACCCCUUCCGAAGUCCACAAUUAGUUCCUUGGUUUGGUCUUGCUGGUGUAGGGAGCCAGGUUAUUGUGCUGGCACCACUUGGUCAAUCGGUCGAUCUCACUUCUAUACUCUGACUCGUCCCCAUCAGUGAUAUGUCCCACAACAGUGGUGUCGUUGGCGAACUUGAUGAUGGAGUUCGCACUAUGUCCGGCUAUGCAGUCAUGAGUAUAGAGUGAGUACAGCAGGGGGCUGAGCACGCAGCCUUGAGGUGCUCCGGUGCUGAUUGACACAUUUCCACCAAUACGGACAGACUGUGGUCUGUGAAUGAGGAAGUCGAGGAUCCAAUUGCAGAGGGAUGCGCAGAGACCCAGAUCUGAGAGCUUGGUAACCAGCUUGGAGGGGAUGAUGGUAUUAAAUGCCGAGCGGUAGUCAGU